AUGUACCCCGCUUACACUUCAGCGCACCGCAACUUAAAUCCAAACUCCAACCAAGAAUGGGAAGAGGACACUGCAAUUACACCAACGACCCAUAGUUGUCAUUCGGCUUCUCGUCAGGCGUUUCAGGACAUCAAAGAUGAAGAGUACGAAGGGGAGAAUGACACGGAUCCCACGCUCAGAGGAAGGGUGGAUGGGAAAUCAAUCAAGGUGUACGAGCUUGACGCAGACACGGGGAUAGAGGAAUGUGCAGAGCUUGAGGCGGCAUGCUUGCUCAUGCUUGGGGAUAUGGCGUGGGAAGAUAUUCAGUUUCAAUUUGGCCCACCUCGAAUGCCUGGAAAUUUCUCUCACGAGCAACGCAUUUGUUAUGAGGAAAUAGUUGAAAUGUUUCACCUUGCAGUAAGAUAUGACGACACUACGGGAGUGCCUUCGUUUUAUGCUAAUGGGAAGGUUGCAGGAUUAUCAACUGAAGGACGUAACGGUUUCGGAAGAGGGACUGCAUAUGCGAAAACGCGAUACAGGAAAGGCACAAAGAGGGAACAUCUUUCUGAGGAAUCUUUCAGGUGGGCUGUAGAGGAAGGGGUUGAAAACAGGAGAACAAAUUCAACUACGUCUACUGGAUCAACUCAAGGACCUACCUAUACCAGAAGUGGCAGAGUCCUCGAGAGAAUGAAAACAUAUGAAAGUCUCUCCCAACAUGCACCCUCAUCAGAAGACUAUCUUCCCAUGAGACCACCCCGUCCUAGGUUACGUUCAACGAGCAGAGGGAUCGUCUCUGAAAAUGGUGUCGUACGGAAGGUAAAAACUAUGGGGAGAUUAUCAUUACGCUCAGAAUUCACAAAAGGCACUUCAGAGUGCAACAAAUGCGACGAAGAUCCCGAAACUGGAACUGACGCAAGGACUACAUGUAUGAAACAUAAGAAUCCUCUAGACUAUUUCCCGGGCAACCACUCUAUUCAAAACUUCACAGAUCAAUCGUCUCCCACCGCCAAUCAGCCAGAUUCGGCGAGUGAUGAGCCCUGGGGAACAUGGGGCGGUGCGAGGACUUCACCAACGGGAGCCUUGCCGGUCUCCUCGAAUACAUGUCAGCAAAUAAAAAACAAGCAUAAUAAGACUAGACGUUUGAACUGCCCUCAUCUAGAAAUAGCCACCGACCCACUACUUCCCAAUACUCCCUCAAGUCCUCUCGGUCAUUUAAAAAAUAUCUCGCUCGAGAGUCUUGGUACUGUGAACCGAAAAGGCAAAGACCAACGAGGCCCUGUAAUAUCUGAUGAGGCUGCAAGAACUGGGUCUGACCUUGGGGACAGCUUGAGUGAGGGUUCAAAGAGGCUUUCUCGAAUGCAAUCAAUAUUCGUUUCAAGACAGCUCAAUAAGCCUGAAUACUUCGAGGCUCCAUUCCCUCAAGAGACCUCGAACCCUGAGCUAUCUAGGGCGGAGUUCAAUACCCAUGUUCAGGAAAAGCUAUAUAGCAAGGAUGAAGAAGAAUAUACCCUUGCCGCAAGUCAGUACGAAAUGACUGGACGAAAAUAUCUCUCUCGCUCACGCUCCUCUUCUAACCAAUCAACUAAAUCUGAUCGAUCAAUGAUUAUGGAAGUUGACCCAGACCUACUGGCCUGGAUGAAAAAAGAGAUCUUAACUGUCAAAGUUAGAAGAGAUAGCGAAGUGACAGUAUCAGACUCGACCUCAUAUGGAGAUAGCCGCCGGAAUUCUAGCUCUUGUUUCGGGGAGCAGCCUUCAACGACAUCUGUCUCUGCGUGUCCAGCUCCUCCGCAUAGCUUCUCCGACGCUGCGUUAGCAAUAGCCAUGCGAGUUCCGAACCCAUCCCGUUUGCCUUCUGAAAGCUGUGAGAAUGUCAGAGACUCCGGAGGAUAUUUCAGCUCUUCUCUUUCACGCCCGUGUCAUAUGCCUAUUGCCUCUGAGCAGAGUUACGAGACAUUCGCGAGAAAUGAGGACGCAGAGAGCGCUAUUGUUCCUACAGGACUCUCCACAUGGAGGUUAGAGGAGCCAGGCGGACGUCCUGAGGGAAUAGCAGGCGGGAUGGAUGCAAACGGCGAUAGCUUGAAUGGAACAGAAGUUGUCUAUCCUGCGCUAAAUGGUGUCUCACUUCGAUCAGGUAUCAAAGCACCGUGCCAGAUGUGCAUGACGGACCAGGCUCAUUAA